AUGGACAGAGCACCCCCGUGCACUGUGUGUGUGUGUGGUGUCAUUCCAAGGGUACCUUUGACCUCGCUUGAACGAGUGCUUGGCUUUGUGGAUCUGGACACCGUAUCGCCUCGAGCUGCUCAUCGAGCCGAACACUUAUCUCGAAACGCAGCGGCUGCAGCUCACGCAUCGUAUUACGCUCAUCCAUCAUUACAUCUUCAUACAUACUUGUCGAAAGAAGAACCUGUCGCAGUGGAUGGUCAAGGUCAAGUCAUAGGAGCCCUGAAUGACCCUAUACAGCCUAUAGCACAUGAACCGCACCUAGGUCCAAUCCCACCAUCAACGUCAAUCUCAGACCAAGAUUCAAAAACCUCACCUUCGAAAUCAGGAGUAUCAAAUUUCCCUCAUACCAGUGCUCAGAAAAAUGCUGAAACAGGACCAGAGGGUACCAAAAAAGAAGAAGGAGGAAAAGAGGAUGCAGGAGCACCUAGUGGGAUGGACAAAGGAGCACUUGAAAUCGGGGGCGAAGCUGGCGGCACAAAAACAUCCCCUGGCCCAUCGAUAGAGGAUGUCAAGAAAUACCACGAAACUCAAAAUGGCUGGAGCAAUCACGCUCAAAAUGGUCAUUUGGGUGUACCAGGACAAGCAAAUGGAACUCAAUUGCAAAAUGGGAAACCAGGAUUAGAAAGGCAUUGGAGUAUAAGAGAUAGGAUGGAACCUCAUUUACAAAUGAUGUGUGGUCCGUUAUUAGCUUAUUAUACCGUCAAAAACGAUGUUUGGCAAGGAGCUGCUUUAGUUGUUGUCCGUGACGAUGGCUCUGACCUAUCAACCCUUCCGUCCUUGGCCUUAACAUUCCACCCCCAUUCUCCACCAUCCCAUGAAGUUCCGACAAUUCACGAUCCUUCUCAGACGCUCUUACCUAAUCAGACCAUUGAAUCAAGACGGAUACACACGUACGCUUCGAAAGAUGGUAACAUGUCUUUCUUCAGGUUUAUGAUUGAAAUCCCGUUACAACAAACUCAAAUGACAGUUAGAUAUCGUUUGAACCGUGGUGCGGAAAUGGACUUUGUCGUUCCUUCAAUAGGGGAGAACAUGAGAUGGGCUGCUCAUAGUUGUAAUGGUUUCUCGUCAGGUGUAAAUCCCGACGAAUUCAAAGGCAACUACCCUUCAGGUUACGAUCCAGUAUGGGAAGAUUUGUUGCUCAAACACCACGAGAAGCCAUUCCACUGUAUGGUCGGAGGUGGUGACCAAAUAUACUGCGAUGCUUUGACUAGAGAGCUAGAGAUGCAAGAGUGGAUCACGGCACCCAACAGGAAAGCUAAAUUGGAAACCAAGUUGACUGAUGUGAUCAGAGAAGCUGUUGAUAGGUUCUACUUCAAUCAUUAUUGUAAGAUCUUUAGGAGCAAUGCCUUUGGAAGAGCCAAUUCUACCAUACCAAUGGUGAACAUGCUGGAUGAUCACGAUCUCAUCGACGGUUUCGGGACUUAUGACGACGAAACUCAAGCCUCUCCCAUUAUGUCGUUUGUGGGAUCUAGGGGAUAUUUCUGGUUCCUACUUUUCCAGCUUUUCGUUUCCGACGAGAUCGAUGGCGUCAAUCCCAUACCUGGCACUCACACCCUGAAUAGCAUGAUCAUAGGUGAUAAACGGGGACCAUGGAUACCGUUCCCAUCACAUUCUUUGAUUGUCUACCUUGGACCGAAAGUCUCACUGUUGGCUUUGGAUUGUAGAGCAGAGAGGAAGCUGGACAGGAUCUGUACCACCGAAACUUACGCAAAGGCAUUUGGGGAAGUAAGAAAGGUGACAGGUAUUGAACAGUUGGUGAUUUUGUUGGGUGUCCCUAUCGCCUAUCCACGAAUGUCGUUCUUGGAGCAUUUCCUGGAUUUCAAAUACAAUCCUAUAAACAUGCUAGCAAGACACAACGCUAUGGGCUUGGGUUCUAUGGUCAAUAAGUUCAACCAAGCAUCAGAAUUGUUGGAUGAUCUCAAUGAUCAUUGGUGUGCAAAUACACAUAAGAAAGAAAGAAAUUGGCUCGUGCUGGAAUGUCAAGAACUAGCGAAAGAGAUGCAAUGUCGGAUUACCUUUUUAUCGGGCGAUGUCCAUUUGGCCGCUGUAGGAUGUUUGUUCACUUACAAUAAAGGAAAACAAAGGAUGAAGAUCCGACCUGAAGAAGAUCACAGAUAUAUGUUGAAUAUCAUCACCAGUGCAAUCGUAAAUACGCCACCGCCUCCUGGUGCAGCUAAGAUGGUGGCAUUUUUAGGUAGUAACAAGCAUCGAACGCUGCCCAAAGAUACAGAUGAAAUCAUGAUCCCGCUCUUCGAGAAAGAUACUGAUGGGUCGGCGUCAAAGUUGAAGUACGUAUUAAACAGGAGAAACUAUACCGCUGUCGAGUACAAUUCAGCUGGAGAAUUGGUUUUCGAUAUCAAAGUUGAGAAGACUCAAGGUGGAGGGGAGACUGUCAGUUAUCCGAUCAAAUCUCCUGCUCCGCGAUGGUAA